AUGUCUGGACAAACCAGCCCGUCUGCGUUUGUUGUUCUCCACAUCACCACCACGGGCGACGACCUCAGCUCCUCCAAGGACUCCAGCGAGAUCCUCGAGAUUGCCUGGUCUGUGGUCGACUCGCAGUCGCUCGCCGAGAUCAAGACCAACUCGUCGCUCGUCAAGCCCCUUACCACCCCCGUCACGCCGCUGUGUACCUCGCAAACUUCCUUAACCUGGGAAAAUGUCAAGAACGCUCCCUCUCUGAAGGACUGCGUCCUGCUGUUGGAACAGGACAUCGAGAAGCACCUUGUCUCCGCGAAAAAAGACUUCACGUUUGUUAUUUUCAACAGCUGGGACCUCAGAAUGCGGCUCCCAAAGGAAAGUAGAGAAAAAAGCAUACAGCUGCCGUCGUAUCUGGAGCACUCUCGGUACUUUGAUCUCAAGAAGGAGUAUCUCAAGUUCCAGCAGUGCCAGUCCCAGGAGUUGGAGCAUCCUGGCUCCCUUACCGUUUCGCACAUCGUUUCCGCGCUCGAUCUCGACGUUGCCGAUAUAAAGCCCGUGAACACGUCGUAUGGCGACUCUCUGACGCUCUCCAUGCCCCGGCGCGCGGCCGAUGAAGUGCAGCUGCUGAUCAAGGUGAUCGGCCAUCUCCAGAAAUCGUCUCCACAGGGCUCGAAGAUCCUCGAAACACCGUAUGACAUGGCGCUGGACUUGGCCCAGUUUGAGUCGGAAAAAUCCCGAAUUCUGUAUAUGAGCAAUCUGCCGGCAGACACCACGCAGAGCGAGCUGGAGUCAUGGUUCACUCAAUAUGGUGGCAGACCGGUGGCAUUCUGGACCGUGAAAAGCCUGCCCCUGCCAGAAUCGCAGAGCAACAGCCGCACAGGGUCCAACACCAGCAACAGCAGCGGCAGCAACAGCGUGAGCUCACAAUCGUCAGGUACGAAGCCCACAUGCUCAGGUUUCGCUGUGUUUGCUACCCACGAAGAAGCCUUGGACUCCUUGGCCAUGACGGGGAGACUUCUGAAUGACAGAAUCGUGGAGGUGCAGCCCUCGUCCGCCUCCGUGCUUGACAAGGCGCACGAGAUUCUCACGCCGUUCCCGUCUUCGAAAAACAGACCCAGGCCCGGCGACUGGACCUGUCCGUCGUGCGGUUUCUCCAACUUCCAGCGAAGAACAGCAUGUUUCCGCUGCUCGUUCCCUGCUGCCUCUGCGGCAGCCGUGCAGGAGUCGAUCAACACAGGCCAGUACUACCACAGACAAUCGAACUCAAACAGCUCGUCGAACGUGCCCUUUAGAGCCGGCGACUGGAAAUGUCCAAACGAGAGCUGCGCAUACCAUAAUUUUGCCAAGAACGUCUGCUGCCUCAAAUGUGGGGGCCCGAAACCGGCAGUGAACGCCUACAACGGGUAUUCGUACCACCAGGACGCAUACGGCGUCGCCCAGCGCCGAUCCAUAGCCACUCCGCAGUACCAUCAUAACCUUCGUUCCAACGCUUCUGGCUCCGACACCUCUACACCGGUGGCAGCACAGGGCAUCUACAACCUGCUGCAGUACCCGCUGUCGGGGGCCGCAAGCAAGCGGUGUGGCUCGCUCCCCGACUCUGCCUCCAGCACUCCGCUGUUUCAGCCGAUGCUUUCGCAGGGCAGCGCCUCGUCGUAUUCUGGAAGCCUGGACGACUUCCAGGGCCUGUCCUCCCGCAUCAACGAGCUCACUCUCAACUCCCAGCCCUUGCAGCAAACACACUCGGAACACAGCCUGUAUCCCUCUGGCUUGCCUUCGUUGAACUUAGACCUCGAUCUCUCCAAAUAA